AUGGGAGCGGGAGUCCCUGGGGUGUGCGUGUUCCCAGCGGCGGCCUUGGGUGGGCGUGUGGCGGGGCCGCCCCGGCUUCCCGAGCUCCGGGGCCGGCGGGAUCUGCCCGGCUUGGCUCGGCGGAUCGACGGCCUGCGCCUGUGAGGCCGAGGGAUGGCGGUGGACAUGGCCCGGGGCAAGGGGAAGCCUAAGGAGGGAAAGUUAGGAGAGAGGCUGUAGGUGUAGUGCCGCCAGGGGCAGCUCCGGGUCCCCCCGGCUUUUUCAGGUGGAGGAGUGGGCCCGAAAGUGAGGCGAGGAUGUUUUGGUCCGAGACUGAGGUGCCCGCAGGAUCUGUGGCCUGAGGGCGGUAACUUUGCCACAAUCCAUGCCCGCCAGUCGCGCUCUUCUAUUUGCAAAGUUACUUGCUUUCCCCUGAAACUUGUGUUAGGUCGCGACUGGGUUGGAGGAAGAUCGGUCCUUCCUGGACCUUCCUGCAUCCUGGUUACAACUGGACGAGGAGGAUGUUACCAAAUGGGUUAGGAUGGUUAACGUCUCGAGCCAGUCUAAUGUGUUGAAAGUAGAGGUAUUAUUUCUAAUACAGAUACGAAGAGAGCAUGGGAAUAUGGAAGUUAAAACCAGUGGCAGUUUUCUUGAUGUGACAGAGUUGUGGCUACCAUUUUUUGGGUAGCCUUUAUUUUCCUAUACUGUAUACUAAUUGUACCACGGACCACAAAACCUUUAAAGAGUAAGGCAGAGUGUUUGACUUUCUAAUGAUGUACUCAAUCGAACGAGUAACUGAGUACUCUUAAGUACGAACGGUUUAGGCUCUGGACUGGGGGAUGUUGGUCAGCAGUGGAGCACCCGCCUGGCGUGCUCUAGGCCUUGGGUUGGAUCCCCAGCAACAGAGACAAAAGGCUCAAGAUCUCUAUGGCACAUCCACUGUGUAGAAUUAAAAUCUCUACAGAGUAUAUGGUCAAAAGCAACAGUCAUCUGAAUUGUGACUGGCUCACUGAUACUCCGAGGAAAAAUUAGAGAUCACUAUACCAGCAUAAGUCUCCAAGCCCCAAUUUCCUGCUUGCUGGAAGAUGCUUGAUAUAAAGGCUUGGGCUGAGUAUGUUGUGGAGUGGGCUGCAAAGGACCCAUAUGGCUUUCUUACAACCGUCAUCUUGGCCCUUACGCCUCUGUUUCUAGCUAGUGCUGUACUGUCCUGGAAACUGGCCAAGAUGAUUGAAGCCAGAGAGAAGGAGCAAAAGAAGAAACAAAAACGUCAAGAAAACAUUGCAAAAGCUAAACGACUAAAAAAGGAUUGAAGGUGAACAGACUCUGCCACUGGACAAAAACCGUCUGGGAAAUUCUGCAGCUUUGGAAGGACUCACUAGGUUCCAGUUGAUUUCGUGAUAGUAUUAUACAGUAAAUUAAAUCUGACCGUAUAGAAGAGUCAUGUUCUGACCUCAAUACUGAAGUAACUUUUAGGUUUGGAAAUAGAAGCUUGCUGGAACCCACUGACAGGUAUUUAAGUUUAGCAUUUACCAUACAGGUGGAGCAUACCUAAUGUGAAAAUUCAAAACUCAAAGCACUGUAAAAUCUAACACCUGUGUUCAGACACGAUGCCAAGUGGAAAAUUCAACACCCUAUUUUCUGAUGGGUUGCAGUCAAAAUACAGGUGCGUUCAAAAUCCAUAAAAUUAUCAUCAAACCAGGAGAAAUAAAAUUAACCUUGUGUUUGGAUUUGGAUCCCAUCUUCAAGGUAUUAUGAAAUACUCUAAAAUCUGAAAAAUACAAAUAAAACAUUACUGGUCCCAAGCAUUUUGUCUGCUUAACCUGUAGUGAAAAUUCUUUAAACUGACAGUCAUUUGCCAUUUGGAGCUUAAUGUACUCAGGUAAAAAAUACAAUGUAGAGAAAAAUGGUUUUAGACUAUGAAUCCUGUUUAAAUGGUAGUUUAAAAUGGGGUUCAGCUCUGGACAGAGGAUAUUAGGAAUGUAAAAGAAUUACCUUCUGAGGUGAAAAGUUUACUUUGGUGUAAAAGAGAUAAAGUGUAUUAAUCACUAUUUUAAAAUCAUUGCUUAUUUUUUGGAAUGAAAGCAUUACUUUCUCAAAGGAAAAUUUUAUUAAUGACUAUGGCUAUUUGCAUUCUUAAGCUUUAGCCAUGAACACAGCUAGCAAUUAUUAAGACAUUUCUUCAUUUUAUGUAGGUGUCUCAUUAUCUUGACCAUGGAUAGAAUUUUUGUACACUGUCAUUUUCUUAAAUGAGUUUGCUAAGAAGAAUAACAUGACUUAAAGCCAACAGUGAAAACGCCAUGUGCUUUUGAAACCUUGGUUCCGUAUUUUCUUACAAUCACUAGGGCUGUGAAGUAGGUAAUGUCACCAGAUAAUUUGCUGAUUGCAUACACUACUUUUGUUUUUAUUCUGUUUGUAACUAAUGUGGCAGCGAUGUCCUGUUACUUUUUACUCAUACAGGAUCAAAGUGAAAAUUAAAAUUACAAAUUUAUGAAGUCAUACUUUAUUAAACCAAUAAAGGUUUGAAUUUGGGAAAUUUGUCAUGGGUGUAAGAGUGAGGGCAGGAACUGCAAUCAGACGGCCAGAGUGCAAAGCCAGGGAUCUUCCCGGGCAAAAUAGACUUAGAGACUAUUAAACAUGGCUUUUCUACAUGCAUGGUCCAGUAACUUUAUUCACUGCAGUAUUUAACUGCUUAUUAAUGUCUUCUGUACCUCUGAUAAUGAAUUUUAAGUUAUGGUAAUUGUCAAAUAGUCUGACUAAAAAUGAAACUAAAUGUCGAAAUAAAUUUGAUACGUUUUUAUAAAGA